AGUAACGUUCCUCACGAGCUGUGAAGAAGAAGAAGAAGAAGAAGAAAAAACCAACAGCAGCGGCAGCAGGAGAAGCCGCACUGGUAGUGUUCAUGUGCCCAUAUUUGUUAUUGUGCUUGAAUAAAACAAGACGGCUUCCAUAAACUGGAGCUGACACCUUUUAACACGAUUUUCUGGGAGACCCAGCUUAAAUCUGAGGUUCGUUCUUGUGAAAAGACUCCAGAGCACAGGGACCCUGUGUCAGUGUGUAUUUGUGUGCUGGGCAGUGACACUGAAGCCAUGGGACCAAGGAGAAAGACUUCUAAACUUCAGCCCUUAGUGAGCAGUAUUGUGGAGGAGCAACCCCUGACAGCCUUUGAGCGCAAGGACUACAUCAACGAGCUUUCCCAUGAAGUUCUCUGCCAUAUAUUCAGAUACCUUCCCAUGAAGGAUAUCAUGUGUAUGGAGUCUUUGUCUAGAAAGCUUCGAGAAGCUGUAAGUCUGUACCUGCGGGUAAUCAAAGUAGUGGAUCUAUGUGCUGGUCGCUGGUGGGAGUACAUGCCUUCAGGUUUUACAGAUAGAAGCUUUUUGAUUCUUUUGAAGAAGAUGCCUGAUUUGGAGCAACUGUAUGGCCUCCACCCUCGCUACCUGGAAAGGAGACGUGUCAGAGGUUUUGAGGCUUUCAGUAUUCCUGGAGUACUGGAGGCACUACAAUCAUGUCCUGGUCUGCUGGGUGUUGAAACAUCUCACCUGGAGCUAGUGGAAGCCAUUUGGAACUAUAUGCCUGAAGUUCACAUUCUGGGGAAGUUCCGGAACCGGAAUGGGGCUUUUCCAAUUCCUUCUGAGAAUAAACUUACCAUCCCUGUAACUGCAAAGCUCCAGACACUACACCUUGUGGGUGUGAAUAUCCCCGAGAUACCCUGUGUGUCUAUGCUACGACACCUAUACCUCAAGUGGGUCCGUCUCACCAAGCCACAACCAUUUAAGGAUUUUUUGUGUGUGAAUCUGAGAUCCUUUGUGAUGAGGAAUUGUGCAGGGCCAACCAAUUCCCUGAAAUAUGUUCCACUGGUUACGGGCUUAGCAUCAGCCCGGAACUUAGAGCAACUGGAGCUGGUGAGGGUUCCUUUCCUGGGAGGCCUUAUCCAACAUGUGGUUGAGGACAGCUGGAGGUCAGGAGGAUUUAGAAACCUUCACACCCUUGUGUUUGGAGCUUGCAAGAAUGCUUUGGAAGUGGACUUGGGCUACAUCAUUAUCACUGCUGCCCGCAGGCUUCAUGAACUGCGAAUCCAGCCAUCACUUACUAAAGAUGGAGUCUUCUCAGCUCUCAAAAUGGCUGAACUUGAGUUCCCUCAGUUUGAGACGCUCCAUUUGGGAUAUGUGGAUGAUUUCCUCCUACAAUGUAAGAUGAGUCACUUAGAGCUGGUAAAAUAUGGCCUAGCCGAUGUAAUUGAGAACCCUGGCAUCAUCACGGAUAUCGGCAUUAAGGUGGUAAAUGAGGUGUUCACUAAUAUUAAAUAUCUCCUCAUCUACAACUGUCCUCACCUUCAUAACCCUCAUCAGUGGAUCACAGAUCACUCCAGGUGGAGCCGUCUUGUUGAUCUUACAUUAGUUCGUUGUCAUGCUAUCAAACUGGAAUCUUUCUGCCACUUCAUAGAGUUACUUCCCUGCCUGGAGUUCAUCUGUUUGGACCAAAUGUUCAGAGAGCCACCUAAGGGUUGUGCCAGAGUGGGUCUGAGUGCAGGAACUGGUAUUGGUGUGUCAUCUGCACUUGUAAGCAACCAGAAUGCCAGCAAUGAUAAUAACCAGCACCAUCACCCUAAUGAAGCCAACAUGCCUGCUGCUCCUCCACCUGUCAACAAUAUAAAUAACAACCAAAGACAGCACCAUGAUGAGUCACAAGAAAUAAAUGGAUUGCAGGAAGAAGAUGAAGAUGAAGCAGAUGAGGUUGUGUAUGAGGAAGAGAAACUGGAGACUGAGCCUCAUAUAGACCUGAAAGAAGCGGAAGGGGGAAUGGGGAUAGAAAACAUGGCAGACCCGAUUUGUCAAGCUGGAACAUCACGACCUUCCGACGAGGAACAAGCAGGUCCCAGCGGUUUAAACCAGCAGUGUAGAUCCGCUCAUGCUGUCACAUCUAAGCUUCCACUGGUUGUCUCAGACUCUGACAGUGAGGAAGAGGAAGGCCUUUCAAGGCUAAUACCACCUACUUGUUUGCAGGAGCCAGCUGCCUGUCCAAAAGGUAAAGGAAAGACUCCUCUACGACGAAACAAAAGCAUUGCUGUCUCUGAUCAGGAAACCGCUCAGGUGUCAAAGAGCGCCUGUGACAAGAGCUGUCAGGUGACCAGCGAACAGAUUAAGGCAGACAUAAAGGCUGCUACAGAGAACUGCAGAAGAUCUGGGAGUAAGGAAAAGACCUCUGUGAUUGUGGGGGCCGGUGGGAGACCAAGGGCUGACAGUGGGUCAGUACAAAGCACUGGCAUUACUGGGGCAGCUUCAAGCAGUAGAACAAGGCCCAUAUCAGGAUCUUUGAGCAGGGUAGGAGCUGGCACCACUCCCACUGGGCAUGUGGAUGAAUUUGGGAGGAUAACUGACAGGAACUCCAGCAGACCAAACACUGACAGAUCUACUGGAUGCAGUCGGACUGAUGAAUGUGGCAAGUCCGACAUGCAGAUAGGGCACAGUUUCACAAGUGAGAAAAGGGAGCAUUCUUGUUCCGUUAGUGUGGGAAACCUGACAUCAGGCUGUUCUUCUACUGGGACGGCAGUGCUGGAAGAAAGACACGGAGGCACACAACCAACCAAUACUGGGAUGGCGUCUGUAAUUUGUUCCCAGCAUAAUGAGGGCUUGCAUCAAAGUCCUGACGACUUUGUUCCAAGACGGCCUUUAACAAGAUCUUGCACCCACAUGUCUAUGGAGUCUUUGGAACCCGAAUCAGAUCUUUUAAAAGCUAGGUUUCGAGUACCAGUGAGGAGGAAACGGAUGACUGAUAAAUCAACCAGCACCUCUGACCCAGUCACUGAGGAUGAUCACGUACAGGUUUUGUCCCUGAAGAGUAAGAACUUGGUGGGCAUCACUCUGACCAACUGUGGAAUCACUGACCUGGUCCUCAAAGACUGUCCCAAGAUGAUGUUUAUUCAUGCAACUAGAUGUCGUGUUUUGAAGCAGCUGAGAAUAGAAAGGGCACCCAUAGUAAAUAGAUUUGACUUUGCUCAGUGUAAGAAGCUGGACAUGGAGCAGGUUCUGGAUCAGAUUCUAAGAAUUUCUCCUGAGAGAAACCGCAUUAUCUACAUGCGACCUAUGCAUCAGAUUGACUCGAUAGCACUGGAGCGGCAGCUUUUCCAGGGGCCAUAUCCCUAUCAUAUUGCUGUUGUGCAUGAAUUCAGCAACCCGCCAAAUAUACGCAACAAAGUCCGCAUUCGCAGUUGGAUGGACACCAUAGCUAAUAUCUGCCAAGAGUUGAUCAAGUAUGAGUUUUUCCCAGAAACCACAAGAAAAGAAGAUGAUACGAAGAAGCAUCCUAAAUACCCAUGGGGUCGGGCCAUCUACACACUGGAAGGAGUUGUUGAUGGAGCUCCCUACUGCAUGAUAACAGAUUUUCCCUGGCUAAGGACUCUGAUAGCAGCUGACCCCAACAGCUAUGCCCGCUGUGAUUUUGAGGAUGAUGAAAGCACCACCAUCUAUGCUCCACGGCGUAAAGGGCAGCUGUCUGCUGACAUCUGCAUGGAAACCAUUGGUGAGGAGAUCUCAGAGUGCAGACAGAGCAAGAAAGGGGUGUUCCAAAGAGUGGUGGUUCUCUUCCUUCAUCACUGUGAUAUGCCUGGAGAGCCUGUGCAUGAUGACUAUAUCUAGACAGAGGGAGCUCUCAACUCAAGGGUCUUGACCUAAAGGUGUUUGGAAAUGUCAAAUGUAGUAAUAUGUUUGGAAAGCAACAGGUCAGGCCUGUGUCUUUCUCCACCCAAUUGUCUUUAGUUUUUAGGUUCUUCUGUUAUUAGACACACAACUUUUUUGUCUCUGAAGAUAUACCUAAAAUGUUUUGACAGAGACUUCUGUCUUCAUCAUAGGGUCACUAGAUGGUACGUGACGUGUCCAAAUCAGCUGUUGUUCACUGCUGUUGGCUAAUAGCUGAAGGACGUUGUUCCAGGUGUAAGAAAGCUGGAAGGCCUAUUGGUCCUGUUUCACAGCUGUGUGGGCUCGUUUUCUAAUCUCCACCGCCUACAUGAUCCAUUGCUGAUGUCUGUUGUUUUCCAUACAGAUGAUUUUUGUCCUUUCCCAAUCCACAAUGUGGUUUUCCUAUUUGCAGUGGCCCACUAUCACUGAUUUUAAGUUCCUACACCUAGAACAACAUCCUCCAGCGAUGAGCCAGCACCAGGGGGCGGUGUCGGCCUGUCAUAUUGACGGGAUGACACAGCCUCAGGGAAUAACAGCUGAUUUUGACAUGUGACAUACUAUCUAGUGGCACCUCUGAUGAGGAUGGAAGUCUUCAUCGAAACCUGUCAGGUAUUUCCUCAGAGUCAAAAAGGUUAUGUGUUUAAUAAUAAAAGAACCUAAAGACUAUAUUGUAUACAGACACAAUGAAUCUUUUUGGAAUAAGACAUUGGUAUACCUAUGUAAAAAAAAAAAAAAAAGAAUAAAUCAGUCAGGACAUGCUAUAAGAUGAUAAGCUUGUGUUGGACAACUGAAGAGCUAAACUUACAGCUUUAUUUACACCAUGAUUAAUUUGUAGGUUAAAACUUCAUUUCUUUGGAUCCUGAUCAUUUUCUUAGCAAAAACAAAAAGGGGGUACAUUCAAUAACAGAUUGGCAAAAGUUCUGUAAAACAAAAAAACUGCUGAUUUUAGGGAAAAAUGUGUUCUAGUGGUUUUAGUCCUCCAAUGUGAGAAUACAUGCAACUAAGGAUAAUGGUUGGUUGCCCUGCUCUUCUUUCCUACAGUCUGUUAUUGAAAACAAGUCUUUCAUUUAUUUAUUCUUAGUCUGCUUUUGAAGUUGAUUUUUUUGUCUUUUUGUGCAGACAUCAUGGUUUUGGAUAUCUAAAGGUUUUUCAGUUUAUCUUUAGAAUUUGUCUUGACUAAUUUUUCAACGGAUGUUGUUUUUACCCUCAAAUUGUUAAACAUUUAUUAAUAAAAGAGACUCAUAAUUUCAA